ACAUGCACUUGGGCGGAAGAUGGUUCUACCUCUUCUUGACUCCUUUAUUCCUUAGGCUUUUUAGGAUGGAGAUUGAGGUUAAGGAAUGAGCCGUAGAAACAUAGAGAUGUCGUAAGCUUGUGUGGUGACGGAAGCAUUGGGAACAUUUCACCUAAUGCUCUCUACUCAAGGGGUGGAUAGCUUAAACAUCGUGGAACCUCUGUUUGUUUCGGCCGAGUUUCCGGAGGAUAUUAAUUAUGAACGGAUUCUGUGGCGCGACAGUUUAAUUCUCCGGCGGCGACUGAUUGUGGCGGAGAGAUGGUUCUGGCGGGGCUCAUCAGGAAGCUCGGCCAUCAGCUGGCGGAGAUCAGGGAACGCGCCCUCAAAAGUAUCCUGUGCAAGAUUGAGCACAACUUGAUCUGCUAUGCUGACUUGAUUCAGGAAAGGUUGCUUUUUCUCCAUUUGCUCGAAUGGUUCAAUUUCCCAUCUGUCCCAAUGAAAGAGGAGGUUCUGAACUUGUUAAGCAGAUUGGUUAAGUAUUCUCCAGCCGUCCAACACUUGAUUGACCUUGGUGCAGUAGAGUUUUUAUCUAAGCUCCGUCCAAAUGUGGAGCCAGUAAUACAGGCUGAGAUUGAUGGCAUUCUCGAUGGACUUUUCAUUCUUCCUUCAGAAGUUCCUGCACUGUGUUCUUCCAGUUACCACACUGAUCAAAUUGAAUUGUCACAACAACCUGAAGUCUUAACAGGAUAUUUUCCCCAAGACAAAAGUAAUUUCCAGCAGAUGGAAGUACCACCAGGGCCAGCGGGAAACCAGGCUGUGAAGUGGCUGAGGUUCUCUGUGUUUCCUUGGCUACCCCUGACCACAACAGACAGACAUGUUCUCUCUUCCAAUGAAAGCUCUUUGAGAAGUAGUAACCACACUCUGAUCUGGAACACCUGUGAGCUUCUGAAGGACGUGAUCAUGCAAGACUUUCCUGCUGAGAUUUUUCUUCAGAGGCCAAAGAUUGUUCAGGGCCUUUUGUGUCUGGUGAAGCUGGCCUUCGGAGGAGAUGGGAAGCAUCGUCUAGCAUUACAGUCAGUGUCCUGUUUGCAGCAGCUGUGCACAAGCUUAAGAAACAGACUCAACUUUUACAGAGACCCCAACUUUUUCUCCAGUAGACAAGACACAGUCUCCCAGAAUUCUUCUUUGUCUUACUGUCAUGAAGCAAGAGGUCCUUACCAUUCCCCAAACCCAUCCCCGGGAAGCAGUAGCUCUCGGCCUUCUGUGGUUGGGCGCACAGGCCAGCGACCCCGAGGAGAUGGUCAGGACUGGGAUGCAGUGUCUUCCAGUGGAAGUAGUAGUCACACGCAUGUGAACUCUAGGAUAUCUGUGCAUUCUCCUUUGGACGUGGCACCCGUGGAUCUGCCGGAGCUGGAAGCAGAGGACACACUGGAGCUGCAGUUCCAACAGCUUAGUCUUCCUCAGUUCUGCAUCUCCACCCUGGAGGCAGCAGCUCCUCUGCUGAGAACAGGCAAGCACUCACCCCUAAAACUACAUCUCUCAGCAGUUGAUAAACUUGUCAAGAUAUUUGAUGAAGCAGCAGAGAAAUGAUAAUAAGAGUUCUGGAACUGCUUGCAGAGGACAUGCUGCUCAUUGGACAAGCAAUUUCAUCAGAAAUCUGGGAUGAUAACAGCCUUUUUGCUAUCAAUGUGAAAGAGAAACUGCUCCAAGUGUUGGGGUCCCUUGGAGAAACCAUGUGCUACCGUAAAACCAGUUUUAGCAUGGAGCAAGCCGAGGCUGUACUCGUGCACCACAGAAUGGCCUUUGUCAGCAUCUCACUGUUCACAGUUCGACUGUUGCAACUUCUUCUCCCUGUUGAAAAGGCGAGUGAGUUUUUGCCAGAGUCCAUGUCAGCAGCAUUAUUUUUUGUCUCCUUGGACAUGCCUAUUUCUUUGGAAUAUCCAGAGAUUCAUGACACAGUUGUGGCUUAUUUGGAACAGCUGGAUUCUGAAAAUUACAGCAUUUAUAAGCGAACUGCAGAGGCUGUUUAUUCAAUUGAAUGCACCUGUAACUUCCUAUCUGAUGUGGGGAAAGAGGGAGAAAAGAAUCUUCUAGAAUUAGUGGAGCUGGCAGACCAAGCCUUGCGUAGCUUUUCCUAUCAUCAGCAUUCUCCCCUAAUAAAGGAAAUCAUCUGCAUCUGUUCAAAGAUCUGGAAAUCUGCACAGGCUAGUCCAUUACUCCAGGGAGAGAGUCAGAAGGUGUUUCUCCAUAUGCUGUCUCACCCAUUGCCACAGGUGAAGGUGGAGACUUACCAGUGCUGCCUGGAGAUUGUAAAGGAAUGUUUAGGUGUCCAAAAUGUCACUAAACCUGUGUCUUCACUUUGUAGUGGAAUUCAUUUUCUGCUUCAUCCAAAAGUUCUGUAUGAAAUCUCUGCAUUUGGUAUUCAAGAAUCCAAAAAUGAGGUGAAUGCUGCUGCCAAGGCCAUUCUGCUGUAUCUGCUUCAGGGACGAUUGAUGAUGACAGCUCUGACCUGGAACAAGUUUAUCGAAUCUCUCGCUCCUGUCAUUCCAGUGCUACAGGGCUACGCUGAUACAGAAGAUCCCUUAGGCAACUGCAUUCUCCUUCUAAGCAAAGUGAGCUCUGAGGCAGGAGAAGGCGCUCUCCCCUGCACUGCCCGGCUGAAGUCUGUGCUACGGCUUUUGCUAGUAAAAAAACCUUCGGUUCGUUCACUAGCAUUAAAACUUUUAGCAUUUCAUCUUACCAGUGAAGAAGGGGCUGAUAAAAAGCGCCCGUUCAUAGAUGCUGGCGUUCUCUCCAGAGUUACUAAUCUGUUUAUUGUGAAAAAACCUAUUGACCUUAAGUUGGAUGACAGAAGAGAACUAGUUAUUAAGUUGGAGACUGUUAAAAAGGUGUGUGACAUAUUCACCUCAGACGAUGUUGAUCUUGUUUUAAGAAAGUCAGCUGCAGAGCAACUAGCUGUGAUAAUGCAAGAUAUUAAAAUGCAUACAGUGGUGAAAAAGUUAUGCUUAGUUGAGAAGAUUAUUGGACAUUUAAAUGAAUUUGUGGGUCAAGAUGGUGAGGUUAUAGAAUGCUUGAUUCAGCCAUGCCUCACACUCCUGAGGAAGGUUUUGUACGCUGACCCGGUUAUCCGUGUUUCCUUGUCACAGCAGGCCUCUCUCUUGACCCUAUUACUCAGAGUUUCCUUGAUAUUUCAUGAAGAUUGUACUGUGGUGGCUGAAGUCGGGGCAUUGUUUUGUCUUCUAUUGUUCGAUGAAGUAUCAAGAAUGGAUACAUGGUCUGAUACUCUUUCUGAUAAGCCUUCUUUGUCAUCAGUCUUCAGUUUGCCGGUUUCAGUCUUUAGAAGGUAUCAUCUACCAGUUCAUGUGACUGGCCACCAUGCUGUGAGUCCUUACUCAAUAGUUUUGCCAUUACCUACUGAAUGUUUGACCCUGAAGCCGGUGUCAGAUAUGCUGAGAAUAGCUUGGAACCUGGCAUGGUAUCAUGGGAGUGAUAAUCUAUUGAAACAAAUGACCUCUGAAGCUAAAAUUCAGGAAUUUUUAGAUACACUGCAGCUGUCCACAGAAGAUAUCCUUGCACUGAAGAUCACAUACACGGAUAGUGGGUUGAAGGACUGCCUUCAGUCCAUCAUUCAGGCUGGAGGCCACAGGGAUGUGAGGGCUGCUAUCACCAGGAUGAGUUUUUAUCUUUUGAAUGACAAACUGUCUUUGAAGGAUGAUAUUGGUCCAUGUGGCGUUACUUUAAAAUCCUUGGCUUGGCACACUGUGCUGAACAGGUUUUUACAAGUACUUCCUGCUUGCACUGAAGAUGAGAAACUGCUAAUAGAUAUCAUACAUUUUUUGAAUAAGUUAAUAAAGGAACAAAGAAAAAACCCAUCAAUUGAACUUUUAAACUGGAUUCUGGAAUUACUUCUUAGGCAUAAUCCAAGUCCACUACUAGACCUGCUGGUUCUGACAGAUUCACAUGCAGGAGAAGAAACAGAUGACGUCCGGACUGCUGUCAGACAGCAACUCCAGAAAGAACUGAUCAGUCUUCUCAAUUCCUUGUUACUGGUUUUUAUGACAGUCUCUGACAGGAAAUGCUUGGAACUGUUUUACGUUUUCCAAACACAGCUGUCUCUGAAGCUACUCCAGUGCCUCAGAGUCACAGAUGCUCCCCAUUUCUAUGGCUUACCUUCAUUGGAGAGGACCUUAGCAGGGAUGGCUCACCUCACUGCCUUCCCUGGGUGGAGUGCACACUCUCCUCUUUCAAAGCCACUUGAGAUUUGUGGGAAGUACUUGUCCGGUCUCCUGGAGGUCAUUACUUCCUUUUAUGUUGAACGGGGAGGAAAUGCUAUGUCCUUCAUGGGGAAAGGCGUUACAAAGAGCACAGGUCUUUGCUUACUUCACUUAUCCCAUGAGAUGAUAGUCCAGGCACCAGGCUCGGAGUGGAUGCCGCUUUGGUUCUUGCCUUUGGGUAGUCACAGUGAAGAACAUGCCCCUACUCAGCAAGGAUUGGCCUGGCUAAUUCCCUUAUGGGUUGAUAGAGACCCAGAGGUGAGAUUCACUUCACUGGGGUUGGGAUCAGCACUGACUACUAUUGAAGCUGGCUGUGUGGCCUUGGCAAACAGUUGUCAGAAUAUUUCUGGUGGGCUCUGGGGAACCGUGGUGAACAUUCUUCUGGAUCAAUCAGAAUGCAGUCUGGUGCGCCGGGAGGCUGCAUUUAUUCUUCAGAAUCUCCUUGUAAUUCCAAUGCCUUCAGAAAUUAUAAAGGAUUAUACUUGGCAGGGCCCCUGUGUCCAUGAUGAGGAUUCUGGCCUGUCACUUUCAGGAAAACCUGCCCUUCAGGCUCUUUUAUAUCACUGUCGUUUCUAUGAACAUUUGACUCACAUGGUGAAACAUUGUUAUGUAGGAAGAUAUAUCUUUGAUUUUAAUUUUUCUGCUUUUACUGAAACUUCAGAAUACAGUGAUUUAAAUGGUUUAGACGACUCAUUCAAGUUUUGGAGGGCCCCUUCUGGGACAUCUACUCAGGAUCAUGAGCCAAGCUCUCUUUCCACCUCAGAAACAAUGGUGGCUGCCUCGGUGGUCAGUUCUGAGAUUCAGCCCCUGCUGCCGUCAACACUUCUUCCUGAAACUGCCCUUGACCAGUUUGUGACGCAAGGUCAACGUGAAAUGAGACCAGUGCGACCUCGUGACUCAUUGCUGUCUACUUCCCUGAACAGGCAGUAUGUGUUUGUUACUCCGUCUCUGCUGUCAGCAGUCUGUAGCCUUUUAGACAACCUCUUGGCAGUUACUCCAAGAGAUGCUGCAAAUGCUUUUCAACAAGCUCAUCUCAUAGAACUCCUCUGUAGCACGGUGGAUGCUUCCCUCAUAGAAAUGUGCAUCCAAGAACUCAAGACCCCACUGCCUUUACCAUCUGCUGUUGAACAUAUUCAGGCUCAGGCUUCCUUUUUCUUGGAAUACCUAUCCUCUUUGUCCCAGCUCUUGAAGUCCUGUCUGUUGGUAGAGCCUAAACUUGUGACACAAGAUGAGCUCUUGAAACCUCUUAUCACUAAUGUCAUCCGAGUUCUCAUUGUGUGUCCCAAAGAUGUAUUAGAUGUACAGUUAGUGUUGGCUUUUUACCGCACAUGGACGCAUUUAUUUGACCUUCUGGCCACACUACUGAGGAAAGCUGGUGCUGUCUCCCUUGUUCCUCUUACCUCAGCUCUUGCCAAGCAUUGGGAGGCAGUGACUGAUACACUGUGUAGAUGUGUGGGCCUCUCAUUCAAGUGCCCUGCCCUGACUAUUGCCAGCCUCCAGUUCCUGUCUGUUCUCUUGGCUGAGGAAGAAAAGAGGCGUGUCCAGGACAAGGACAAAACAAAUGAGGGCCAGGCCCCAACAGUGGCCUUACUUCUUGAUGGAACUCAGGGAAGCCUUAGCUCUUCAGAGCGACUUAAUGAAACAAUUCUUCAGUGCUAUGAAGGAAUAUCCCCCAAAGAUGUCCUGAAAAGAGUUGCUGCAAAUGCCCUGUUGUCACUUCUGGCUGUUAGCAGAAGAGCGCAGAGGCAUGCUUUGAGAUCUGAUCUCAUAGAAAACUGUAUGGAGCAGAUGAAGCACAUCAAUGCACAACUGAACUUAGAUUUGCUGAGACCUGGGAAAGCAGUACUGAAAAAAAAGGAGGAUGGCUUCAUUAAAGAAUUAAGCAUCACCAUGCAGCUCCUAAGAAACUGCCUUUAUCAAAAUGAAGAAUGUAAAGUGGCAGCUCUUGAAGCACGUCUUGUGCCUGUAUUGCACUCUCUCUGGCCUUGGCUUUUGAUGGAAGAUUCAUUGAUGCAAAUUGCCUUGCAGUUGCUUUGUGUCUAUACUGCAAAUUUUCCAGCUGGCUGCAGUUCCCUUUGUUGGUCAAAUUAUGGACAGUGUAUUCAAACUGCACACAGAGGCACCCCCAGUAGCUCCCUGAUACUGUGUAUCCUGAAACUGGCUUCUCAGAUGCCUGCAGAGAACACCACCAUUCAGCAGUUGGUUUUUAUGUUUCUUUCAAACUUGGCCUUAUCUCAUGACUGCAAGGGAGUAAUUCAAAAGAGCAACUUUCUACAGCACUUCUUGUCCCUGACAUUGCCUAAAGGAGGAAACCAACAUCUCAGCACUGUGGCCAUUCUGUGGUUGAAGUUGCUCCUGAAUAUGUCAUUUGGAGAAGAUGGACAGCAAAUGAUCCUGAGGCUAGAUGGCUGCUUAGACUUACUCAUAGAGAUGAGCAAGUACAAGCACAAGAGCAGCCCUCACAUGCCUCUGCUGAUCUUUCAUAACAUUUGCUUCAGUCCUGCUAAUAAGCCUAAAAUCCUGGCUAAUGAAAAAGUUGUUACUCUUCUGGCUGCCUGUUUAGAAAGUGAGAAUCAAACUGCCCAGAGGAUUGGAGCAGCUUCACUUUGGGCUCUAACUUACAAUUACCAAAAGGCAAAAGCAACUUUGAAAAAUCCAUCAAUAAAAAGAAAAGUAGAUGAAGCAUAUUCCAUAGCAAAGAGAACUCUCUCAAACUCAGAAGAAAACCCUCUGAAUUCCUACUAUUUGAAAUGCCUUGAAAAUCUAGUACAACUGCUUAACUAUUCCUGACCCAUGAAAUACUCUACUCCAAACCUGACCGCCGUCCACAGGAGAUCUGGAUCAGCUUUGUAUAGCAGCUGCUCCCUGAAUAAUGCUAACUCUGCAGUAUCAGUGCCUGCCUUCCCUGUGAGACAGCAGCCGCCAAACUGAAAGGAGUAGAACUGGUGACUUCUCAGGCUGUUUGUUCCUGGCAGUCUUCCAGAAGUGAAGACUCGCUGACCCAAGAUGCUGCAAAGACAGAAUUCUGACAAUAUAAACAUUUUUAUACUUUUCUAUGCAAUGUAUUUUGUAAAAAUAUCUAUUUCAUAGUUAUUUAAUAAAUAAUAUUUUUAGAAACUAUA